UCCGCCCGUCCGCUCCGCACCGUUGACGCCGGCAACACCCCAGCACCGGAGACUUUGACUUGUGCCCGCCGGUCCUCUUCCUCCCCUCGCCUCCCGCCAUCUAAACAUGUCGGACUCGGUACGCUCCAAACCCACCAACCUCACCACUACCCCGGCCCACCUUUCUUGCGGCCCCUGCACGCCUCCCCGUGCAGCCGGCCAGCCGUGCUCCACGUCAUGGCUCAGGCUAACUCCAACCACCGCUGCACGGGCCUCCUCGUGGCCGUCGCCAUCGUCGCAGUGUCGUUCCUUGUCGCCGCCGGGGACGCGUCCAGCGUCGGGUUCGACCUCCACCACCGCUUCUCUCCGGUGGUCCGGCAGUGGGCGGAGGCUCGGGGACACCCCUUCGCCGCGCAGGACUGGCCAGCCCGAGGCUCGCCGGAGUACUACUCCGCGCUGUCCCGCCACGACCGCGCCGUCCUCUCCCGCCGCGCCCUCGCCGACGGCGCCGACGGGCUCGUCACCUUCGCCGCCGGCAACGACACCUUACAAUACAUCGGAUCGCUGUACUACGCGGUGGUGGAGGUGGGCACGCCGAACGCGACGUUCCUGGUGGCGCUGGACACCGGCAGCGACCUCUUCUGGGUGCCCUGCGACUGCAAGCAGUGCGCGUCCAUCGCCAACGUCACCGGGCAGCCCGCGACGGCGCUCCGCCCCUACAGCCCGCGGGAGUCGUCGACGAGCAAGCAGGUGACGUGCGACAACGCGCUGUGCGACCGUCCCAACGGCUGCUCCGCCGCCACCAACGGCAGCUGCCCGUACGAGGUCCAGUACCUGUCGGCCAACACCUCCACCUCCGGGGUGCUGGUGCAGGACGUGCUCCACCUCACCCGGGAGCGCCCAGGCGCCGCCGCCGAGGCCGGGGAAGCCCUGCAGGCGCCCGUCGUGUUCGGGUGCGGGCAGGUGCAGACGGGCACGUUCCUGGACGGCGCCGCCUUCGACGGCCUGAUGGGGCUCGGCAGGGAGAACGUGUCCGUGCCCAGCGUGCUCGCCUCAAGCGGCCUCGUCGCGUCCGACAGCUUCUCCAUGUGCUUCGGCGACGACGGCGUCGGCCGCAUCAACUUCGGCGACUCCGGCAGCAGCGGCCAGGGCGAGACGCCCUUCACCGGCCGGAGAACGCUGUACAACGUGAGCUUCACGGCCGUCAACGUCGAGACCAAGUCGGUGGCGGCGGAGUUCGCCGCCGUCAUAGACUCUGGCACGUCCUUCACCUACCUCGCCGACCCGGAGUACACGGAGCUCGCCACCAAUUUCAACUCGCUGGUCCGCGAGAGGAGAACCAAUUUCAGCAGCGGCUCUGCAGAUCCUUUUCCCUUCGAAUACUGCUACGCACUCGGCCCGAACCAGACAGAGGCGCUGAUCCCGGACGUGAGCCUGACGACCAAGGGGGGAGCCCGGUUCCCGGUCACCCAGCCGGUCAUCGGCGUCGCCUCCGGCCGUACCGUGGUCGGUUACUGCCUGGCGAUCAUGAAGAAUGACCUCGGCGUCAAUUUCAACAUCAUCGGCCAGAACUUCAUGACGGGGCUCAAAGUCGUCUUCGACCGGGAGAAAUCCGUCCUGGGCUGGGAGAAGUUCGACUGCUACAAGAACGCCAGGGUGGCGGACGCGCCGGACGGGAGCCCAAGCCCAGCCCCGGCGGCGGACCCGACCAAGAUCACGCCGCGGCAGAACGACGGCAGCAGCAACGGGUUCCCCGCCGCGGCGCCCCUGCCGAGGUCGGCCGGCUCGCGCAACGCCGCUGCCAGCGCGCUGGGGGCGGGAGGCCUCUCGCUGCUGAUGCUGGUAGCUGCAACGCUCGUCUGACGCCGGUGACUGGGAUUGUUCACGCCGGCCACGGCGGCUUCCUGCUGUGCUUGUGUACAGACUACAGAGUACAGACUAUACAGCUCGAUUUUGGUUCAGAGUUCAGACUUCUGAUACAUAGAUGAUUCAUUGUAGUUUAUAUGGGAUGGAAUAUAGGAUACAGUUUUGCUGAUUGGUGUGGAUGAGAUGGUAUUACUCAUUUACUCCUUUCACUGAUGAAAGGCGUUCUGUAUUCUGGAUUUCUGAUACGUUUCAUGAAUAUAUACCAAUAAAAGUACAGUCUGUUUUUGCGA